AUGAUCGUACGGCUGGGCGACUCCGCGAGGAGUCGUCUGCGGCCGGCCAUGGCCGUGGCCCUGGUCGCCUUCUUCGCGAUGGCCAAUGUAGGUGCCGUCUACGGUGAUCCUUACGUCUAUGAUUCUCCGCCGCCGCCAUCGCCGUCUCCCCCUCCCCCUUACUACUACAAGUCACCGCCGCCGCCAUCGCCGUCUCCCCCUCCCCCUUACUACUACAAGUCGCCACCGCCGCCAUCGCCGUCUCCUCCUCCGCCUUACUACUACAAGUCGCCACCGCCGCCAUCGCCGUCUCCUCCUCCACCUUACUACUAUAAGUCGCCACCGCCGCCAUCGCCGUCUCCUCCUCCGCCUUACUACUACAAGUCGCCACCGCCGCCAUCGCCGUCUCCUCCUCCACCUUACUACUACAAGUCGCCGCCGCCCCCCUCCCCGUCUCCCCUCCACCUUACUACUACAAGUCGCCGCCGCCCCCAUCCCCGUCUCCCCCUCCACCUUACUACUACAAGUCGCCACCGCCGCCAUCGCCGUCUCCUCCUCCACCUUACUACUACAAAUCCCCACCACCUCCACUCCUUCUCCACCUCCUCCUUACUACUACAAGUCACCACCUCCCCCUUCACCUUCUCCCCCGCCCCCCUACUACUACAAGUCGCCUCCACCACCAUCGCCAUCGCCGCCAGUUUACUACUACAAGUCUCCACCGCCUCCCACAAAGCUGCCACCUCCAUACUACUACAAGUCCCCUCCUCCACCCCACCACGACUAUGA